AAUUAAAAUUUUAAUUUUAUUAAUUUUUAUAGUUAUGAAUAUUUACAUUUUUAUAACGCAUAGGUAAUGGCACCAAAACAACAAUCUUAUGAUCCAGCUUGGAGACAUGCACGUCGAUUAGAAAAUCGAUUUCAUUGGCAAUGUCUGCAUUGCGAUAUGAUUGGACGUGGUGGUGGGAUCACACGCCUAAAACAACAUCUUGCUGGUGGAUAUCCAGAUGUCUCUAGAUGCCCAAAAGUGCCUCAAGAAAUUCGUCGUGCAAUGAAAGAUGAACUUGAUGGCAAAAAAGAAUUAAAGCAUAAACAACAACAACAACGUGAAAUGCUUGAUAGGCGAAGCUCUCAAGCACCAGUCUAUGAUGAAUUUGAAGGUCAUGGUGAAGAUCCAAAUGAUGAAGAAUUUUUAGCAGCUCUUAGUGCCUCUCGAACUCAAUAUGAAUAUGAGCGACAUAUGCAACAUAGUAGUAUUGGUGCUAGUGGAAGUGGCUCAGCUGGUGCUAGUGGAAGUGGCUCAACUACUGCAGCAACAUUGGGGAGGAGUGAAAGUGUUCGUGUUACUUCAACACAAGGUGGUAUCGGUCGUUUCUUUCCUUCUAUGGGACGAAGGCGUGCAGUUGAUAUUGCUGAUAUUGAUCCACUAGCAUUCCCGGACCAAGCUAGCAAACAGACUAGGAUUGAUGAUGCUUAUACAAGGGAGAAGAAGAAAUCAAUAGGUCAAAGUAUUGCUAAAUUUUUUCAUUUUAAUCGAAUUCCUCCCAAUGCAGCAAAUAACACAUACUACCGCAGCAUGAUAUCCAACAUUCAAAAAUCUGGACCUGGUAUUCAACCUCCGACUGCAUAUGAAAUUGCUGGUCCGUAUUUAGAUGAACAAGUGGAGGAAAUCAAAACUUGGAUCCUAUCAUGCAAGAAGCAAUGGAGCUUAUAUGGGGUUACAUUAAUGUGUGAUGGUUGGACAGGACCUACACGGAUGAGCAUUAUUAAUUUUCUGCUAUACUGCAAUAGAAAGGUGAUUUUUCAUAAAUCUGUUGAUGCAACUGCAGAUUAUCAUGAUGCAUCUUAUAUAUAUCAUUUGAUGGAUAACGUAGUUCAAGAGAUAGGUGCAGAACAUAUAGUGCAGGUAAUUACAGACAAUGGUGCCAACUUCAAGAGGGCUGGAGAAUUACUGGAGCAAAAAUAUCAAACGUUAUUUUGGACACCAUGCGCCGCACACUGUGUUGAUUUGAUGAUGGCAGAUAUUGGUAAACUCGAUAUAGUAAAGAAGGUAGUGAAAAAAGGUCAAUCGUUAACAAAAUUCCUUUAUAAUCAUCAUUGGGUUCACGGAUUAAUGAGGAAAUUUAUUAAUGGGGAGAUUCUACGACCAGGAGCAACUAGGUUUGCAACUCACUUUCUCCUAUUAAAAUCAUUAUUUCAGAAAAAAGUCGGAUUGAAAGCCAUGUUCACUUCUGAAGAUUGGGAAACCUCUCGAUACUCUAGUUCUACUGAAGGAAGGGAGGUACAAAAAAUUAUUAUAUCUGCUAGAUUUUGGGACUAUAUUUCAGAUAUUCUUAUAGCAGUGGAACCCUUGUACGUUGUUCUACGAAAAGUUGAUAUGGACAAGAAGCCACAAAUGGGCAACGUCUACCGUCUAAUUCACGAAGCAAAAGAGGAAAUUAAGAGACGUCUACAAUCUCCAACUAAGUAUCAAUAUUAUAUUGAUAUAAUCACUACAAGGUGGAACAACCAAAUGGGAAAACAUAUUCAUUUAGCAGGUUAUUAUCUCAAUCCGGCAUAUCAAUAUCGUUAUAAUCUUGCCACAAAUGAAGAUCUAUUAGUAGCCCUCAGAAAUGUAAUAUCAAGACUCCAAAAAAAUAGAGAAUUAGCUGCUGAGGCUAUUAAUGAAAGUCGAUUAUUUCGAGAAGCAUAUGGUUCUUUUAGCGAUUCUUUUGCAGUGUCAUGCAGAUAUAAAAUGGAUGCAGGUAAAUAUAGAAAAAAUUAUUACUAAUUUUUGUCAAUAAAUAUAAAUACUAUUUUAACUUUAUUCUUAUUUAUCUUACAGCUGAGUGGUGGUUACAAUAUGGA